CCGCCUGCAGUCAUUUCGCGUCUUUCAGGAAUUCCUUCCCGCAACAUGAACUCUCUGCGUGUGAUCGUCGCCAAGCAAGCAGUCCGCUCCUUCAGCACGGCCGCGGUGUUCGAGCCCGUGUUGACCACGAACUGGGAACCCCUUCGCUCCAAGUUGAGCGAUCCCCGUGCCCGUCAAUCGUUGGACAGCUUGAAGCAAACCCACAACAACAUCUUGGUCGAAGGCUUGUUGUACCAGCACGAACCGGAAGCCAUCAACUUUGGUCAUUACAGAGACUUGAUCAAGAACAAGGACUUGGUCGAUGCGUUGGAGGAAAACUACCGCACGAUCGCGUACCCGGACAUCCAGCCGAGCGACUGCUACACCCCUGGCCGCGACUUGGAAGGCGACUUGAAGCCCACGUUUGCGCGCUUGGACGCGGAAGUGCAAGACUCGGUGGAGCGCAUCGAAGAAUUGAAGGAAUUCAUCUCGUUGUUGGAGCAAACCCGCACCACCAAGGACACGUCCGUGGACGAAGUCGCCGCGUUGCACCCGGAAAUCGUCGAAGAAAUCGAUGACGAAAUCGCCGCGUUGGACUGGGAAAAGGAUGCCCAAAACUAAACUAAGACGAGGACAAUACACCGUCUCCUUGUCGCAGGGUAGCAACGCGCGAUCUCGUUGUCACACAUUAGCAUCAACCAACAUGCAACCAUUUGUCUUGUACGAUCAUCCUUCCGUUCAUCUCUCGACGCCCAACCAGACAGCG